AAUGCGUUUCCUCAUCGUGAUUGCCUUGUUCGCCGUGGUUGCCAUGGCUGCCGGCCAGCAGGGAGGACCCCAGAACGGCCAGCAAGGAGGAGCCCAGAAUGGCCAGCAGGGAGCUCAGCAGGGAGGACCUCAAGGAGGACCCCAAGGAGGCCAGCAGGGUGGACCCCAGGGAGGUCCCCAGAACGGCACCCUAAGCGGUUUGCCCAGCCUGCCUCCGAAUGCCACUCUUCCCUGCAACAGCACCACCGAGGCAGGCAUCACUGACGACAGCACCACCGAAGCCACCACCACCACUACUGUGGCCUCCGCCUAAUACCACCACCACCACUAUUUAAAACCCACUCUAUUUAUUCUCCCCGAUAUCUUUCAAUAAAACUUCUUGCAAGAAGCCCUAGUUGCACUUAAA